AUGAUUGCGAGUACUAUACCUGUGGAGGAAGAACGAAUUCAACGUGUGGCGCCGCAUAUUGCACACCCUGAUCUACUUCAAGGUAGCACCGUCAUUCGGAUCGGAAACGAAUCCAGUCUUCAAUUCCCCGACCCCAAACCUCCAGGCGACUUCAGGACUUCAUGCUUCUACGACCCAGGUGCACGCCCGCUCAACAGCUUCCGGAGAUACAUCGCCAUAAUCACGUGUGCCGUCCAAGAAGCGGACAAAGACUGGAACCUGCGAGAGAUGCGCGUGGAUUGUGACGGAACAGAGGAUAUCCACCUCCGCUUGAUUGGAAACCCACGUCCAGGAGACCCACCGCUGCUUGUCAAGCACGUCAUGUGGUCGAUCAUAGCCGUCCCUCACCUAUGGCAAAGGCAAGGGUUCGCAGAGAUUCAGUUCAGGCCCAUUCUGGCAGGGCAAAUUCUAGGUCUUGGAAAGGUGUUUCGCGUCGGCGCGCGGAGCGAGGAUGACAACAUUUCAUGGGGCUCAACCAGUCCCCAAAUGACGUACAAUGAGUCUGCCGGCACGCAGACCUACCGAUCUCAGUCUCUGGCCCCUGGAAACAGGGAUUUUUACCUCCAGGUGCACCCCAGCCUCAGCGACCGCGUCUUGUGCACAGCAGCAGUUUUCUACAACCAACUCACGAGUAUGAUAAUGCAUCUGGCCGUCAUGGACAGAGACUCCCUGAUAAGUGAGAUACAGGUCUAUGAUCAGGAGCAUGAUAUUACAUUUGAGAUGUCGGCGGCUCGGGGAAUCGCGUUGGAGGACUUCCCUCAACGGGCUGUUUUGCAGGCGAUUGAAGCGCUGGCAAAUUAUGAGGCUGAUGUCAGAGCUGAUUGGAGGUUCAGGCCUUUCACGGGAACUGUCUCGGUGGAUCGUCGGGUUGUCGGCACAACCGCUUUGUUUGAAGGUGUGAGACCACACGAAUAG